CAACCCAGAAUAGAAAUGUCAAAUUGCAUGGCGGUGCGUCGCUUUUUGGCUAAUCAUCGCAGAUUUUCCGCGAAUUUUACACUAUUUAAUAUAAAAAAUAACAAUUUAAUACCAAAUUUAAACUCUGGACCCAAGUGUUAUUUAAAGGAACAACAAUUGUGCGCGCGCGCAUCGUAUUCCACGCACGCAGCCCCUGGGAAUAUGACCUUCGAGUAUCCCGAAGUUAGGAGGGAUGAGACUGUGGUCGACGACUACUUUGGCACUAAGAUACCAGACCCUUACCGAUGGCUCGAGGACCCAGACUCUGAAGAGACCAAAGCCUUCAUAGAUUUAGAGAACAACAUAACCCGUCCAUUCCUCGACUCGUGCCCGGUGAAGGCGGACAUCCACGAGCGGCUCACGGAGCUAUGGAACUACCCCAAAUACUCAUGCCCCUUCCGGAGAGGGGACAAAUACUUCUUCAUGAAGAACACUGGCCUGCAGAACCAACACGUCCUCUACAUCCAGGACAGCCUGGAGGGCGAGGCGCGCGUGUUCCUCGACCCCAACACGCUGUCGGAGGACGGCACGGUGGCACUCUCCGGCAGCCGCUUCACGGAGGACGGCUCCACGCUCGCCUACGCGCUCUCCGCCAGCGGCUCCGACUGGAACACCAUACACUUGAAGGACGUCGAGACGGGUAAGGAUUACCCCGAGGUGCUCGAGAAGGUCAAGUUCGCUUCAAUGUCGUGGACAAAGGACAACAAAGGAUUAUUUUAUUCCAGAUACCCGGAACAGAUGGGCAAGACGGACGGCUCGGAGACUGAAGUGAACAGAGACCAGAAGCUCUGCUACCACCGUCUCAACACCCCGCAGAGUGAUGACGUCAUAGUCGUGGAGUUCCCCGAGGAGCCUUUGUGGAGGAUCGGCGCGGAGGUAUCAGACUGCGGACGCUACUUGCUGGUGUCGCCGGUGAAGGAUUGCCGCGACAACCUGCUGUUCUUCGCCGACCUGUCCAAGACCCCGCAGAUCGACGGCAAGCUGCCCUUGACGCAGAUCGUGCACAAGUUCGAGGCUGACUAUGAGUACGUGACGAACACGGACUCUGUGUGCAUAUUUCGCACCAACCGGCACGCGCCCAACUACCGGCUCAUCAAGAUCGACCUCAACAACCCCGCCGAGGAAAACUGGGAGACGCUGAUACCCGAACACCCCAAAGAUGUGUUGGACUGGGCGUCCGCGGUAGACAAUGAUAAACUUGUUAUACACUACGUCAGAGAUGUCAAAAGUGUUCUGCAAAUGCACAGUAUGAAUACCGGCGAGCUGAUGCAGACGUUCGGCCUGGACGUGGGCUCCAUCGUGGGCUUCUCGGGCAAGAAGAAGCAGAGCGAGAUCUUCUACCACUUCAUGUCGUUCCUGACGCCCGGCAUCAUCUACCACGUCGACCUCACCAAGCAGCCCUACAAGCCUACCGUAUUUAGAGAAGUGAAGGUGAAAGGUUUCGACGCGUCGCAGUACGAGGCUAAGCAGAUAUUCUACUCGAGCAAAGAUGGCACCAAAGUUCCUAUGUUUAUUGUUUCUAAAAAAGACCUGCCACUGGACGGGUCCAACCCCGCGCUGCUGUACGGCUACGGCGGCUUCAACAUCAACGUGCAGCCCAGCUUCAGCGUUAGCCGGCUCGUCUUCAUGCAGCACUUCAACGGCGUCAUCGCCAUACCCAACAUACGCGGCGGGGGUGAGUACGGCGAGCGGUGGCACAACGCGGGCCGGCUGCUCAACAAGCAGAACGUGUUCGACGACUUCCACGCGGCGGCCGAGUACCUGGUGCGCGAGCGGCACACGCGGCCCGGCCUGCUCACGGCGCAGGGCGGCUCCAACGGCGGCCUGCUGGUGGCGGCCUGCGCCAACCAGCGGCCCGCGCUCUACGGCGCCGCCGUCGUGCAGGUCGGCGUACUGGACAUGCUGCGCUUCCAGAAGUUCACGAUCGGCCACGCGUGGGUGUCUGACUACGGCAGCUCGGACAACGAGACGCAGUUCCACUACCUGCUGGGCUACUCGCCGCUGCACAACAUACACGCGCCUGAUAACGUGAGCCGGGCGGAGUACCCAGCGACGCUGGUGCUGACGGCGGACCACGACGACCGCGUGGUGCCGCUGCACUCGCUCAAGUUCAUCGCCACGCUGCAGCACGCCGUGCGCGGCUCGGCGCAGCGCCGCCCGCUGCUGGCGCGCGUCGACACCAAGGCGGGCCACGGGGGAGGCAAGCCCACCGCCAAAAUUAUUGAAGAAUACACCGAUAUCCUGUGCUUCAUGACUCAGUCGCUCGGCCUUAAGUUUGAAAAGUAACCAGUUGCCAUACCACCAGUCAAAUAGUAUUAAUUGCAUCGAUAUAAUUGAAAUAGUAUUAUGUAAAUAUAUACAAACCACACACAGUCAGAUUACCUCAGGCCUCCGUCAGGGGGCUGGUGAUAUUGUUAUGCAUUGCUACUAUUUUUUUAUUGAAUAAACUUUGUUUUUAUUUUUA